CUCUGCUGCUCGAUGUCUGAUGCCGAACGCGGCAUGACCGGCCUGCUUCGUUAGAAAAACAGAUUUCCUGCUGCUACCCGUCUUUGAUUUCUCUGACAUUUCCAGGGGAGCAAUAAAGUCAUUUAUCUUGUAUGACAGAUUAUUUGGCACUCCGCAUCUUCUGAGCUCUAAACUGUGAAGCUGGUCUCCUGCUUCAUUGCUUCAUUCCAGGGCAGUCAGGAUGCUUCAAAGGAAAGACAGCUUCCUCUGGGGAAAGAGAGAAGACAUGAAGAUACAGCCAGUCAAAACCCUGAGUGUGCAAAAGAGUGACAUCAUGGGCGAUAUUAAGAAACUGAGGCUAGAGAUAGACAACGUCAUGAACGAGAUCCAGAUCUUCGACUCGGAUGAGAAAAAUAAGGCCAUAAUGAGGGAGAAGCAGUUCCUGUGCGGAAAGAAGAAAUUCAACAUGGACCCCAAGAAGGGGAUCCAGUACCUCAAAAAACAUGACCUUCUGGAGGACACCCCGCAGGCCGUGGCUGAGUUCCUGUACAAAGGGGAGGGUCUGAGCAAGACGGCCAUCGGGGACUUCCUGGGGGAGAGGGGUGACACGCAUCUCAAGAUCCUGAACUGCUUCGUGGAUCUCCAUGGGUUUUCAGACCUCAACCUGGUUCAGGGGCUCCGCCAAUUUCUGUGGAGCUUUCGGCUCCCCGGAGAAGCCCAGAAGAUUGACCGCAUGAUGGAGGCCUUUGCCACUCGCUACUGCAACUGCAACUCCACCGUCUUCCAGUCCACAGACACCUGCUACGUGCUCUCCUUCGCCAUCAUCAUGCUGAACACCAGCCUGCACAACCCCAACGUGAAAGAUAGGACCACACUGGAGCGCUUCAUUGCCAUGAACCGUGGCAUCAAUAGUGGCGAGGACCUGCCCGAUGAGCUGCUGAUGAAACUAUACGACAGCAUCCAGAGUGAACCUUUUAAAAUCCCAGAGGAUGAUGGGAAUGACCUCACUCACACCUUCUUCAACCCCGACCGAGAAGGCUGGCUGCUUAAGAUGGGGGGCAGAGUGAAGACCUGGAAGAGGAGGUGGUUCAUCCUGACUGACAGCUGCCUCUACUACUUCAGAUACACCACGGACAAGGAGCCCAGAGGCAUUAUUCCCUUGGAGAAUCUGUGUGUGAAGGAUGUGGAGCACCCCCACAAACAGUUCUGCUUGGAGAUCUACAAUCCCAGACAAAAAGGGCAGAAGAUCAAGGCUUGUAAGACGGAGACUGACGGCCGAGUGGUUGAGGGGAAGCACAUCUCUUACCGAUUAUCUGCCAGCACCGCCGAGGAGCGAGACGAUUGGAUCGCCUCCAUCAGAGCAAGUACUUCCAAGGACCCCUUCUAUGACCUGGUGACGGCGCGUAAGCGGAGGGCACUCAGCACCGUUUCCAGAGACUGAGUAUCCAUGGGCUGUGCAACAUGGCGGAGGAUUAGCCUCAGAAAACAGCACACGACCAGUGCCGGGAUUGUGAUGGUCCCUUAACCCAGGAAAGACCAAGGAUUGCCUGGUACUAAGCCUUAUUCUCCGUGCAUAUUAUUUUCCAGUCUUCAAACCCCAGUUUCAAGAAGGCAGCAGCGUUUUAACUUCCAAAAACUGAUGCAGUGCAGAUUUCCACGGACUCCCAGCCAAACAGGUCUAAUUGUUUUUCAGAAUAAACCAAUCAGAAUUACCGGAUGCCAAGGCAUGCACACUAAGAUAAUCAAGUUUAUCAGCAUCGCAGCCCACGGUGUUUCACUUAUUUUGUGAAAGAUACACAUAUUUAAACAGAUCACUGUUAAAUGAAAUGUGGUAUUAUUCUAUGUUUAGUUAAAUUUUAAAUGCUUUUCAAAACGGAAACGUGAAUCAGGCACUUUUUUAGAGGUAUAAACACGUGGGCAGAUAUUCUGUGCCAGGAAAGGAUUGUGUGUGUACAACGUUUCAUUAAUUUAAAGUUUAUAUUUUUGUGUAUAUACUUACGUUUGACCAAUGUAAAAAAUUCAGUUAAAUUUAGAUACGCUCACAAUGUUUUAUUACUUGUAAAUAUAUUUAAUAAACACACAUUUGUUUGCAAAAUA